CCCCCGGGCCUCUCAGCGUGAUACCCGUGACAAGGCCGAUGGGCCCAGCAGUUUAGAAAUUGCAUUCCUAACAAUCAGUGCCUUUCAGCCUCUGGUAGCUUCUCCAGGCUCUUCCCACCAAGGGCCUGGACUUGUAAAAACAGCCUUUGAGACCCCUGCUAUUUGCUGUUGAGUCUGGCUCCAGACAAGGUAUGUGGGGAGGACGGCCUUUCUCAGAUUUCUUUAAUGUUCCAACAAAGAUUAGCCCUGGCCUGGAAUGAACACUUCACAUUACCCUAACAUCUCUAACAAUUCUUCAAGUGCUGUCUUUGGCCAGUGUUUCCCCCAAAAGAUAACUGAGGAAGUAUGCCUCUGGGGUUUAUUUAAUAUACAAAGAAAAACAGACCUCAACCCCUACCGUCUUGGAUGACUUGGCCCCUCUCCACCCCUGCCCCUCUCUCCUGAUGCUGGACAUGCCCAAUUGUUCUACCAUUGAUUUCGGACUAAUUUGCUGUUAACCAAUCAAAAUAUAUAUUACUUUGUGGACAUGACUUUUUUAUGAUGGCACCCAAGUGAAAUAUACUGAUAUUUCUCCCUUAAGAACAAGAAAUCAUUUUUCCCUUUAAAAAAAUGCAUUCAAUGAUUCAAUGUGUUAGUGAACAAAAGGAUACAUUCUCAGCCCCCUGUGUGUUUCUGGCUAUCUCUAAUAAGCCCAUUUAUCCCAGUCAUAAUUUUUUGAAUAAAAGUCAAUACAAUGUGCAUUCCAAAUCUCCUCCUGUACCCUUCUCACUACCCAAAUUCUGGGGUUUAAAACCCAGUCCACCCAGGGCUUGGUCUCUGAAUUCUCAGGUUUUCUACCCCAGGUAGCUGUAGAAUUCCACUGAAAUCCUAUCAUUCUUUUUACAGCUGAAAUAGAGCCUGAGGUCACUUCUGGACAACCCUGACUGCCAAGUCUGUCGAAACGUCCUCCUCACACUCUCCACAAGUAUUUUUAAAUCCACUCUACAAAAUGAAACAAAACAAAACAAAACAGAAACAGAGCCAUGGAGACAGAGCUUCUCGAAGCUGCUUUUUCCUUUUUAUCUUCCCUAGGAGGGGCAUUUUUAAAUCCGGGUUUAUGUCAGACACUGAACAGGCCCCACACAAGAAUGUGUAUCUCUAAACUCCUUGGAAUCCUGCCCCAACCUGGAGAUAUUCUUAGCCAAGAGUCUCCUGUUUUCUUGAACUAGGUAGAAGGAAAGGCUGGAGUCCAGAAGGAAUAAACGGAAUUCUCUAAAUAGUUACUUGAUUUUUUUUUUGAAAUGGUCAAAUAUUUAUAUGCUAUUUUCUAGUUUGUUUUUUUUUAAUUUACAAUAUGGUGAGGUGGUUAAUAUUAUUUGUGUUUUUAUUUUUUUAUUAUUAAUUCGAUUUAUUCAUUUAUUUUUACAUCCCAACCAUAGUUACCUCUCCCUCCUCUCCUCUCACCCACCCCCAAUCCACUCCUCCUCUGUUUCUGUCUUAGUUACUUGAUUUUAAGGAGUGUUUAGGCCACAGAGGAUGCUGACAUAUUGCCAGUUAGACAAGGGCAUUUGGAAGGAGGCAUCUCUGUCUAUGGCCUCAUCUCUUUGACAAUUGACUCUUAGCCUGUGUUGGAAUUUGUCCUUUGGAUGGCAAGACCUGAGGAUAACAUUCUGCUUAGAGCACACACCAGGUUUCUCCCACGUUUGUGUCUAGAUCAACAUGGUUUAAACAAAAGCAAGUUAAUAGUUAAUAUAUAAUCUUACUUUUAACUGAUUUCAGUCUAAAGUAAUGGGCAUAGUUUUCUCUUAGCAGCUAGAUAAGAAAACAAAAGAAAGAUGUUAUUCUAAGAUACACAUAAAAUUUUUAUUCAGUGGGUUAUUUUAACAUCUAUAAUAGUGUUUUUCUCAAUUCAACUUGCUCUUACAUUUUGAGCGAACAUAUUUGCAGAAUAUCAGAUCUUUUCCCAGUUCCCCCACAGAUUUCAAGCAUUUAGACACCAAAGCCACAGGGUAGGACAGAACACUGAUAACUCUGGCCCUGCAUUGUGUCGUGGCCUUGUGUGGCUAUCAGAAGAUUCCAUUUGUCUGUCCACCACCAUCAGCCCCUCCCAGGUCCUGUCUGGGCUUGCUUGCAGGUCACCCGGAUAGUUAACUCCCAUGUGUUGCAUGUCAUGAGUGGUAACACGGUUACCUUGGCAACCAAGCCAGCUCUGAUUUCAAAACCUCACUUUGCUACAUCAUAAAAUUAGAUAGCAGAAUUGACAUUUAGUUAUGUGUCUGUCAUAGAAAUGAAGUUCUUAGAAUGAUUCUCCUCACAGCUGUAUGCCUUAACAUGGAAACUGAAGGCACCAAUUACAAUAAAUAUAUAAUAUGUAUUACAUGCACACACAGACACACAGGCACACACACACACACACACACACACACACACACACACACACACACACGUAGUCCUCAAGUUGAAAAAUGGAUAUAUUUGCUUAAUUCAUUGUCUGAGAUGCUGAACCAGACAUAUUAUUCUCACUAUGUCAAAAAUUCUGUGAUGGCUUUAUCUUAUGAUCAGAACAAAGCUUACAGUAGGACUUCAUUAGAUACCCAAUAUAAACAGGGUGAUGAAUAAUAGAAAACUAAGCCGGUCAAAAAAAGUAAUAUUUGAAGCAUUUUUGGCUUUAAUGGAUACUGUUAUUUAUGCUGAUUGGAAGUACGGCUGAGUACAAAAUAUUCUAGUAACUAAAUCAGAAUCUCAAAGACAAGAGAUGUCUCCUUUUCAUUUAUAUAUUUAUGCAUAUUUUACACAUAUUAUUUACAUAUUAUUCCAGCAUCCUGGAGCCUUUGAUAAUAUCUUUACAUUGAGAUUAUUCUAACCACGCAGAACAACAGUUACCUGCUUUGAGUCCUGGGUUUUCUUUUGUAAUGUGAGACCAUCUUAAACUCGGGACUUUCCCCUCUGUUUGCCGCGGUCUGGUGCAAUUUUUUUUUCCCCUGCAAAUACACGGAAAGACUCAACUUGAGAAUUACAUUUAAUGCAAGCCCCCUGCCGUACUCUGCAUCAGAGGCGACUAUUUUUAGAAAUUCUGUGGCUGCCUGCAUACAUUUGUUUGUCUCCAUUGAUAUGUAGGAAGGAAAGCUCAUUAAUGAUUUAAGAAGAGUUAUUUUUUUAUUCAUAGACUUGACUCUUCCCAUCACAUAAACAAUAAAGGCAAUAAAUUAACAUCUCAUAAAGUCGUGAGUUUAUUGCUGAGUUUGUUUGCAAGUCUCGACUCCCCAAGCAUAAACGUUCCUGCUCUCACUCCCCUGCCUGCCUGUUCUAAAAACGGUCACUUGUAUUUUAACCCAGAAGGGAGGUUAUUAUUCCUGCUUGCCAGCUACCAUCAAGUACCAUAUUUGAGCAACUGUCUUACUCAACAAUUCUUUGACUUCUAGAAUGGUCUGACGUUGUGGUCCUCUGUUUUUCAAUCGCAAAUCCCAACUCCCUAAAUCAUGUGAAGACUAUGUGGUAUCAAGAAAUCAAGCACUUUUGCCCUCGAACACCUGUUGUCCUUGUUGGCUGCCAGCUAGACCUCCGCUACGCUGACCUGGAAGCCGUUAACCGGGCCAGACGCCCCUUAGCAAGGCCCAUAAAGAGAGGUGACAUUUUGCCCCCAGAAAAAGGCCGAGAGGUGGCGAAGGAACUUGGCAUCCCUUACUACGAGACCAGUGUGUUUGACCAGUUCGGCAUCAAGGAUGUGUUCGACAAUGCUAUCCGCGCAGCCCUCAUCUCCCGCCGGCACCUGCAGUUCUGGAAAUCCCACUUGAAAAAAGUCCAGAAGCCUCUGCUUCAGGCGCCCUUCCUACCUCCGAAAGCCCCUCCCCCCGUCAUCAAGGUCCCCGAGUGUUCGUCCACGGGGACAAGCGAUGCUGCCUGUUUACUGGACAACCCUCUAUGCGCUGACGUCCUCUUCAUUCUCCAGGACCAGGAGUACAUCUUCGCGCACCGCAUUUACCUCGCUACCUCUUCUUCCAAAUUCUACGACCUUUUUUUAAUGGAGUGUGAAGAAUCGCCCAGUUGGGGUGGGGGAGCUGGUGAGGAGGUGCCAUGCAGGGAUUGUCACGGGCGGAUGCAGGGUAUUGGUCCAGCCGAGGAAGGGAAGAAAAGUCCCCAGAGGACCCCUCAGGCUGGCCCAGGAGCAUCUUCAGGCCAGGACCUGCCAGAGAGUCUAGCUUUGCAGACCGAGGUCUCAGGUUCUGAGGCACAGGCCCUGUCCGGUUGGAGCAAGGGAUUUGUCAGCAUACACAAAGAGGUGCGGGUCAACCCCAUUUCUAAGCGGGUGGGCCCAGUGACCGUUGUCAGGUUGGACCCAUCGAUGCAGUCAGGCCCUUUCCGGACCCUGCUACGAUUCCUCUACACUGGGCAGCUGGAUGAGAAGGAGAAAGAUUUGCUGGGGUUGGCUCAGAUGGCCGAGGUCCUGGAGAUGUUCGAUCUGAGGAUGAUGGUGGAGAAUAUCAUGAACAAGGAAGCCUUUAUGAACCAGGAGAUCACAAAAGCCUUCCAUGUCAGGAAAGCCAAUCGGAUCAAAGAGUGUCUCAGCAAGGGCACCUUCUCAGAUGUGACAUUUACCUUGGAUGAUGGAGCCAUCAGUGCCCACAAACCACUGCUGAUCUGUAGCUGUGAGUGGAUGGCCGCCAUGUUCGGGGGGUCCUUUGUGGAAAGCGCCAACAGUGAGGUGCACCUCCCCAGUAUAAACAAGAUGUCGAUGCAGGCGGUGUUGGAAUACCUCUACACCAAGCAGUUGUCGCCCACCUUGGACCUGGACCCCCUGGAGUUAAUUGCCUUGGCAAACAGAUUUUGCCUGCCACACUUGGUUGCACUCGUAGAGCAGCAUGCUGUCCAGGAGCUCACCAAGGCUGCUGUGAGUGGAGUGGGCAUCGAUGGUGAAGUGCUCUCUUACUUGGAACUGGCACAGUUUCACAACGCCAACCAGCUAGCCGCCUGGUGUUUACACCACAUCUGCACCAACUACAACAGUGUCUGUUCCAAGUUCCGCAAGGAAAUCAAAUCCAAGUCAGCAGAAAACCAAGAGUACUUUGAGCGGCACCGCUGGCCCCCCGUGUGGUACCUGAAGGAGGAAGACCACUACCAGCGUGUGAAGAGGGAGCGAGAGAAGGAGGACCUGGCGCUGAAGAAGCACUAUUCGAGGAGAAAGUGGUGUUUCUGGCACUCGUCCCCAGCUGUCGCCUGAAGAGGAGAGAGGGGGACAGUCAUCCUCUCGGCCACCUCCACUGUUGACGGCUCUACCUACCGUAGAAACCAGUCUCCUUAGCCAUCGGCGCGGUUAGGGUUUGGGGCACUGGCUUCUCCACUUGUGUGCAUUUAUCUCCAUCAGGAUCAAAGCACAAGCUCGACAUCCUUGAGCCUGGACAUAAAAGGAAGCUGACUGGCUCACCGCAUUCCUUCAACCCAUACCGGUUUUUGGUUUUUUUGGGUUUUUUUGGGUUUUGGUUAGGAAGCUUAAUACACUUUAGUCCAUUAUUUUAUUCCUUUUUUAUACAAAGACAAACAAAUCCAGCUUUCACGUUUCAGAUUCCGGAUUGGAAAGUAUUUUUAUAUGGUCUCUUGUAUUUCGUUGAAAUGACAAUACUGUGUAUUACUUUAAUUUCAUAGGCCACGCAUUGACCGCGAAGUUGCCCCGUGAGUCUCUCGGCCCCACGUGACCACCGCAGAGCAUUACUCAUAAUUACAGAGUUAUCUUUUUGUUGUGAGGCAAAGGGUUGGGCUGAAAUCCCCCCAGAGUACAAGCUGGAAGCGCCUAAUCUUUGUUCUGAUGAACAACAUUGGUAUAAUUACCUAUUUACAAGAUUUUUCUAUUUAAGUGCUAGUAAUUAUAUGGUUAUCUGUGCCAUAUAAACUAUGGUGAGGGCAAACAUCCUACUGUUUAAGUUGUCUAGAUUCAAGAGGAUAAUCCUCCUAGUCAUUAGAAGGGCUUAUUAAAUUCCAGUGCUAUCAGGGGCAAGAUUGGCUGGCAGACCUGGGUACCUACGACAGAGUUCAAGUGCUGCUGCUGGAUGACUGUGUCAGGGUUGGUGGCUCUCAGUGUCCUGUGAUUUUGCUGGGCUUCUACUGGCAAACCCUUUGGUAACCUGAACAGAGAUAAGCGAAGGGGAAAAGACUCGUCCCACUGUCUACAGGUCUGGCACCUCGGCCCUCACACCCGUGGCCAACUUCACUUUGUAAAGACACGGAUUUUUUUUUAACUCUUCCCAGGGAAAAUUCAGGUCACCACUAAAGUAGGCCAAGGCAGACCACCUGCUUCUACAGCAGUCCCACGGAGCCUGUGAAAGCACAAAGCUGGAGGCCGGGGCCUGCUUUCUCCAGCAGUGAAAGGAGCCAAAUCCCAAGAGCCUAGGAAAUGGUGCUAUUGUGUGGUAGGUAGUUCUGACCCCGUGUCCUUUGGGAAGUUCAGUGUUAGUACAGAACGUGGAGAGCAGGGGAGCUCUCAAGAGGCAUCAACAUCAUUGCCCCUCGGCAGAUUAAAAUGUUACAGUGCACACAUUCACUCACAUGCGUGUACACACACACACACACACACACACACACACACACACACACACACACA